AUGUUCUUCUCGCUGGUCCAGACGCUUGUCUGUGUGCUGCUCAUCAAUGGCGGCCUCUAUGCGCUGCACUUGAGCGGCAAUAACGGCAACAAUGGCAACUCUGGCAAUAGCAAUGCUGGCGAGCAACCAUUGCAAGCGGCUGCUAAUCGUAUGUUGCAUACGAUCGCCACGGCGCCACACCAUGCACAACAUCAGCAACAUCAGCAGCAACAGCAUUCGCCACAUGCAGGUGGCAUACCCCCAGGGGGUGGUGGUGGUGGCGGCACUGGUGGCACACACCGAACAGCCGCUAUGGCUGCCUUUGAUGCCACCACGGGACGGCUAAAUAAGGAAAUCGCGGAUAUGGCGCAACUGGAACGCGAGCGUUUAAUGCUUCUCGGUCUGGCCAAGCAGACGGCUGAGAGUCCUGCAACGCCAGCGGGUCAUAAUGGUCGGCCUAUCAUAGCCGGUCGCAUCCAAAUGCAUCCCAGUGACGAGCUCGACGUAGGAGAUUAUCCGGCAUUGCUGCAGCAGGCAGCUCGAGGCUUCAUGUUUGGCAGCGUCGUCAAACAGCCACCCGCUCCGCUACCCGCCGACGAGGAUUACGAGGAGUUGCGCGAAUUCGGCCGCCGACCAGUCAAGUACGACUAUGGGCGUGUGGUGCAGCCAGCAGAUCGGGAACAGGAGCAGCAGCAACAACAAGCGGCGGCUGCAGCUGCAGCUGCCAUGUAUGAGUCGCAUCAUGGCUUUGGGGACUUUGAUGAUUUUAUGGAACUCGAAUCGGCAACCGAUAACGGUGACAGCGAGGAUUUGCUUUCAGAACUAGAUGGCUACCAAUACCAUGGCUGGGAGGACGAAGCGCAAGCUUUGCCGGCAAAUCCCUAUCGCACCCUCGAGCAGUUGGAGCUAAAUGCGCCCGAGUCCCUACAGCAACUAUUUGAGCAAGAACAGCGCGAUGCGCCGGCCAAGAGCCAUGCCAGCCCUAAACUCCACUCCAAUGGCAACUACAACAUACGUGCGCAGCAGAAAUGGGCCAGAAAACGCGCACAUGCCCCACCCGGCAGCCAAUCAUCAGCGCCAUCGCAGCUGCAGCGCAACAUCUUUGGCCAGCAUUUCAAGCAACAGCGCGCCAAGCUCGCUCUGGCCAAUUCAGAGGCCACCGCUGGCAAGCAUGCCAGCAGCUCCAAUCGCAAUGGUAACGGUAAUGGCAAUGGCAACGGCAACGGAUCCGGCAGUAGUCUAACAAACUCAAAGGAUACGGCCACAUCCACUAAACCGCACGAGUCCGCAGCAACGGCCACUGGUGAUGCACAGCAGCAGCAGCAGCAGCAGAAGAAGGAGUCGGAUCAACAGUUGCUUCAUCCCAAUCAUAAGCGCUCCGGUAGCGCUGGAGGUGGCGGCAGCGGUUACGUGUCACCGCCUGUCUCGCACAGCAUAGCCAGCCAGCUGAUGUUGCGCACAGCGCGCGGACAGCGGCAGUACGAUGUGCCACAAAUUGAGUGUCCCACCGCUAUGGACGGCAUGGAGCGCUUUGCAUGCCCCACACCGGACUUGCAGGGGCGCUAUCGCUGCAUAGACGAUCAUGUGCUAUGCGAUGGAUUUAUCGAUUGUCCGGAGGGCGAGGACGAAGAUAGGAGAUCGUGCAUGUUCUACAAAACGACGAAAGCUCAUUUGGAUGUGUUAGCAGAUGCGUUACUGCGCUGGGCGCGGGGGCGCUAAGUGUACACACAAACAGAUCACACAUAAACGAACAGAAAAAGAAAGACAGACAAACAUACACGCGAUACAAACACACCUAGAAAACCCACGUUAAACAUAACUUACAAUUAGUUUUAUGCUACACCUACAUAUAUACUAAAAACUGAGAACAAAACCAAUGAACACAAACGGGCAAAAACCUAUUAAGUUUAAACAUGGCAAGGCAACAACAGAACAUGGCUACAUAAGCAUACACACACACACAUAAAAAGACACAGACAUAAACACAC